AUGGGACUUUCGACGCCGCUAGAUUACGUCCGACGGGCCGUCACAUGGCUGCGUGCCCGUGCGCAGCAGACGUCGGCGACACCACCGCUCGCGUCGCAAUACAAACUUCUGGACGGGCCGGUACUUGGUGUAGGAUUUGCUGGCACCGUCGUGCGCGCGAGAGACCUUGCAUCGGGCAAGGAGGUCGCGGUCAAGCGCCUUCGACCGCCGUUGCACGCCUCCUCGCACGCCGCCUUUCUCCGAGUGGCGCACAACGAAGUGGCUUGCUUGCAGUGCGUCGCUGGCCACAAGCACGUCGUCUUGCUUCUCGAGCGGUUUGAGACGUCCCACACCUUUGAUAUGGUGUUUCCGCUCGCGGCGCAUGGCAACCUCGGACACUACCUUCGCGUUCACGGCGAUAUGCCCGAGAUGGCCGCCAAGUCGGUCAUCAAGCAAGUGCUCGCCGCGGUGGCCCACUGCCAUGCUCAGCGCAUUGUGCAUCGCGACAUCAAGCUCGAAAACAUCUUGAUCACACAAACACAAGAGACGUGGCGGCUCACGGUGCAGCUGGGCGACUUUGGCUUUGCAGCGAUGCUCGACGAGUCAUUAGUGCUGGAAGGGCUGUGCGGCACGCCCUUGUACGUAGCCCCCGAGAUCCUAUCUGGCGACGUGUACUCGAUGGCCGUGGACCUCUGGAGCGUCGGGGUCGUGGCAUACAUUCUUCUGGCGCAUGUGAUGCCGACAAGUCCCCGAGGGUCCCAGUGCCAGCGCCUGCCGUCGAUCGCAGCUCAAGCGUUCGUGCAGGCGCUACUGCAGGUGGACCCGUCGAAACGGAGCUCGGCCACAAGAUUGCUAUCCCACGACUACUUGACGGAUUCUUUUGCAAGCCAAGUCUGGCGCGUCUGA